AUGGCCCUGUGCGGGAAGUGCAAGGUCGCACCUCCUCACACAGGGAAUAAGUGGUGCCUCGGCUGCCUCGCUUGGGAGGUGAUUGAAAAGGAGCUGGGGGCCCCGUGGCCUUCGCCGGCUCAUCGGGCUGUGGGGGAGGAUCUGGUGCUGACUUGCGGUCGGGCACUGCACAGAAUCCGCCAUUUGGGCGCUGCGGACCCUCCAGCUCCUGCGGUCACCCACCAGGUGGAGGCAGCCCCGGCCCCGGCUGCACCUUUAACCACAGGGGCUGAACGCGCUGUGUGCGCUGAAAGACGAAAAGGCGUUGAGGAGGAAGGAGAGUAUUCCUACUAUUCUACAUCCGAGGAGGAGAGGAAGUACACGCAUCUGGAAACCUUUCCCCUGGUUCGCUACGCCCCGCACUUCCUCGCCGACCUCGAGUACCCCUGGAACAUCAUUCGGGUGGUUUCAGGAUUCUUCUGCACAACCUCGGAAGUCAAAAUGAUGAAUGGGGGUUCAGAUGGUGUGGAUAUGGAAGGUGGCGUGAGUAUUGGUGGUGUACCUGCAGUACCUUUAGCACGACCCGUGGCAGAAGGGGAAGAGUAUUCAUGGGAAGACCUAGAGUCAUGGGCACAGCUGGCACCAAACUCCGGGGAUGUACUCGAGCUACUCGUCGAAGGAGCGGAGUUCGGGGAUGGAACUGUGGCUGCAAUUCUCGUGGAUACUAUCACGACCGAACCAUCGGGAGGUUUAGUGGUCACUGGGAAAAGUUUGGGUGCUUCAACCCCAGCGGUCAGAGAUACGUUAUCAAACACGGUGAACCGGAGAAAAGAGCCCAUCCACCUAUGUCCGGCAGGGCCGGCCGUCUGCGAGUCGACAGGGGUCUUUGCUUUACACGUGGGAAACAUAAAAUGGUGGAGGCCGGAGCUUUUCAUGGCGGACUACCUGACGUCAGGUGGGAGAAAGGCGCUCCAAGGUGCCGUGAAGAGCCGAACCGAUGUUGGAAAGUUGGAGCUGGAAGCGAGGGGUCGUGCUGCUGUCGCUUCCGAGCUUCCACCUGCCGACGGGGCGGCUCCCCAUUCCGAAGGGCUUCACGGUACUUUGGAUCGUCUGAAUGGUCGGCUUCGAGCCGGGUUUCCCACGGCCGAUGGUGGCAUGCCGCUCCCGGGUGGCACCAUGGAUGGGGGCCUUUCGGGUGGCGCACUCGUCAACUCCGGCAGUGUAGCACGUGUGUCGGGACCGACGCUGGCAAGCGCCGCGCAUCUGGGGUCUCACCCCGAAGCAGGGAGGAAGGAAAAGAGGAAGAAAAAGAAAAAGAAGAGGGGAAAGAAAAGGAAACGGUCGACGAGCAGCUCGUCAGACUCAAGCUCCAGCUACAGCAGCGAUUCUCGAGAGGUGUUGGAAGCUCCCAUUGCCCGCCGGGCGAGGAAGGAUCCCGGAUCAGUUCUGGGAAUGCUUCUUCGCCGAGUGCAAGAGGAGAUGGACAUGGUGGGGGCUGCUGGGGCAACAGGAGCUUCCAACACAACAGUCCUGGAUGCAAGCCGUUUGACAGCAUAUCUGCAACAAAUCGUCAAACCGAGAAGUGGGCAAGGAUGGACACGGGAUCUCCGGGAAUGCUUGAUGCUCGCCGUCAGUUUGGAUUUUAUGAGGAAGGGGAAACUACCGGAGGCCAUGGAUGUAUUAGCUGCUCGAUUUAUGGCGAUCGAGCAAUCCAUGACGGAUGGAAACUGGACGACUGCCUCCCAAAUCGAGAUCGCGACCCCAGAGCAGUUUGGGGCCAUCAUGCCGGGAGUCCUGUUAGCCACAAGGCGGCAUGUGUCAAAAGUUCACAAGGCUCAGGGCGAAAAAGGAAAAGGAAAGGCGACUUGGGGGAGCUACGGAGACCGGGCACCAUGGAAGGGAGGCAAGAAAGGGGAUGCCAAAGGAGAAAAAGGAGGAGGAAAACAAGGAGGAAAGAGGGACGGAGCCGAGAAGGGAGUAGACGACAGGAAGAGGGAGGAUGGAAGGAAGAGGUGA